GCAGGUGAGUGGGAGGUGGCGCAGAGGAUCAUGGCAGAGCCAGUGGCUGUGGUGGAGGCGAGGCUGGUAGCCUGGUAAUGGGCAAGAUCGGUGACAUGGAUGGGGAGGUUGACAACACUAACAACAGCAACAACAACAACGACACGGGGCUUAUGGUAGAGGUGGUGACUGUGGUGGAGACGAGGCAGGUGUUGGGCGAGAUUGAUGUGAACGGUGAGGAGGAUGUCAACAACAACAACAACAAUAACAACAAUGACGGUGAGUGGGAGGUGGCGAAGAGGAUCAUGGCAGAGUCGAUGGCUGUGGUGGAGGAGACGUUGGUAAUGGGCGAGAUCGGUGACAAGGCCGGGGAGGUUGACAAUACUAACAACAACAAUAACAACAACAACAGGGGGAUCACGGCAGAGGUGGUGUCUGUCGUGGAGGAGAGGCAGGUGAUGGGCGAGAUUGGUGUGAAGGAUGGGGAGGAUGUCAACAGAAACAACAACAACAACAACAACAACAACAACAGCAACAACAACAACAACAACAACAACAACAACAACAACGAUAACAACAACAAUGACGGCGGUAACAACUGUGAUGAUGAUGGCGAGGAGCGAUUGGGUGUAAUGGGCAAGGAAGGUGUGAAGCAUGACAACAAAAUUUACAACGGCGGCGAUAACAGUAAUAAUGACUGCAACAUCAACAACAACAAAGGCCACACCAACAACAACAAUAACAUCUACAACAACGAUCAUGAUGUCGGCAGCGAUAAAAGCUACGAGAGUAGUGGGGCGCAAAAGGGUUGCGCUUGUGGUCUUGCUCGAUAUGAAGAAACAGUAUACUAGGUGCAUAGGGUCUCCCCUCAUGAACACUGAUCACAUCAGAACUAGGGUUUCAACUUCUGGUGUGAUUAACAGAAUUGGGCGCCUUGCCCGCCAUGUGACAUGCUUGGAUUGAUCAAUCAAAUACAUAAUACAGA